GCAUGUGAUAGUGAACGCGAGCCUCAGUUUCCUUUACUCAUAUCUGCUUUAAUGUUCUUAAAUUAAGUGCACGGCGUGGAGAUGCUGUGGAGGAAUAUGCUGGUGCGCAAAGGGAGUCUCCAUCCUUCUGUGGAAACUGGAUAUGUACCCAGAGCUCCAGGGGUGUUCCCAGCAUAACGCAUCUUGGAAGUUAUGGUAUUCAAAUGAUUCUCUACUUUAACUCUCAGUAAAGCCUCAUAGAUGAUAUUUCUCUGCGCGACUUCAUGGAUUUGGUUCACUGAGGACCAUUUGAAGAACAGACAUGGCUGGGCCAACUAUGGUGUUCUCUGACGUGGAAAGUUUUCUGGACUCGCAUCCCGACUUAUUCGAGGACUACCUGAACAGAAAGGGGAAUUAUAGCAUGGUGGAGAAAUGGCUCAAGAAUCACCAGGCGAGCAAAAGUCCUGCGGCUGCAGCUCCCGCCGAGCCGAGAGAGGAGAAGAGCAACGCGUGCAAGGACAGCUGGGCGAGCAAAUGUGACGGUCUGCAGAGGAGAGCCUCGCAGAAGGAGCUGCGCAAAACUUUCGCCAGAUCAAAGGUCAUCAAUGUCAACAGGACAUACGACGAACAUGUUAAUUCCAGGGCCCAGGAGCCCCUGACGAGCAUGAGGAGGAGAGCUCUGCUGAGGAAAGCCAGCUCUCUGCCCCCGACCACUGCGCACAUCCUGAGCGCACUGCUGGAGUCCAGAGUCAACAUCCCCCAGUACCCGUCCACAGCCGUGGAUUUUAAAUAUUACCUCAAAGAACACAACGAAAGAGAGUUUUUCCUCGAGCUUGUAAAAGACAUAUCUAACGACUUGGAUCUAACGAGUCUCAGCUACAAGAUCCUUGUGUUUGUUUGUAUUAUGGUCGAUGCAGACCGGUGCUCCUUGUUUCUAGUGGAGGGAACGGGCAACAAGAAGACACUAGUGUCCAAAUUCUUUGACGUGCACGCAGGAACCACAGUUUUGCCCUCAAUAAAUUCAGAUGAAGUUCAAGUGCCGUGGGGCAAAGGAAUCAUUGGAUAUGUGGCUGAACACGGAGAGACAGUGAACAUUUCUGACGCUUAUCAGGAUCGUCGGUUCAGCGAUGAAAUCGACAAGCUGACCGGCUACAAAACCAAGUCACUCUUGUGCAUGCCCAUUCGCAACAGUGAUGGAGAGAUCAUUGGAGUUGCUCAGGCCAUCAACAAGACUUCAAGUGGAGAACUCUUCACUGAAGAUGAUGAAAAGGUGCUGCAGAUGUACCUGCCUUUCUGUGGUAUCGCGAUUUCCAACGCCCAACUCUUCGCCGCCUCCAGAAAGGAGUAUGACAGAAGUCGGGCACUCUUGGAGGUAGUCAAUGACCUGUUUGAGGAGCAGACUGAUCUGGAGAAGAUUGUCAGGAAGAUCAUGCACCGCGCCCAGACAUUGCUAAAGUGCGAGCGCUGCUCUGUUCAGUUGCUGGAGGACAUUGAGUCACCGGUGGUGAAGUUCACCAAGUCAUUUGAGCUGCUGUCCCCAAAGUGUAGUGCGGACACUGAAAGCAGUUUCAAAGACAGUAUGGAGAAGUCGUCGUACUCAGACUGGCUCAUCAACAACAGUAUCGCAGAGCUGGUUGCCUCCACAGGGCUCCCUGUGAACAUUAGCGACGCCUAUCAGGAUCCUCGCUUUGAUGCUGAGGCAGACCAGUUCUCAGACUUCCACAUCCGCUCAGUGCUUUGUGUUCCCAUAUGGAACAGCAACCACCAGAUCAUCGGUGUCGCCCAAGUGCUGAACAGACUCGACGGGCAACCGUUCGAUGACGCAGACCAGCGCCUCUUUGAGGCGUUUGUGAUCUUCUGUGGACUGGGCAUCAACAACACCAUCAUGUAUGACCAGGUGAAAAAGUCCUGGGCCAAGCAGUCUGUGGCUUUGGAUGUUCUGUCUUACCAUGCCACUUGCUCCAAGACUGAAGUUGACAAAUUCAAGGCUGCUAACAUCCCCCUGGUCUGCGAGCUGGGCAUCGAUAAGCUCUCCUUUGACGACUUCUCCCUGGACGUCGACGCCAUGAUAACGGCCGCUCUGAGGAUGUUUAUGGAGCUGGGAAUGGUGCAGAAAUUUAAGAUUGACUAUGAGACACUGUGCAGAUGGCUGCUGACUGUCAGGAAAAACUACAGAAUGGUUCUCUAUCACAACUGGAGACAUGCCUUUAACGUCUGCCAGUGCAUGUUUGCUAUGCUAACGACGGCGGGCUUCCAGGAGACUCUGACAGAGGUGGAGACCUUAGCGCUCAUCGUAGGUUGUGUGUGCCAUGACUUGGACCACAGGGGCACCAACAACGCUUUUCAGGAGAAGACGGGCUCAGCCCUUGCUCUGCUUUAUGGGACCUCUGCUACACUGGAGCACCACCACUUCAACCACGCUGUGAUGAUCCUGCAGAGCGAGGGUCACAAUAUCUUCUCCAACCUCUCGUCCACAGAGUACAGUGACCUCAUGCAGCUGCUGAAACAGUCGAUUCUGGCCACAGAUCUCACGCUUUACUUUGAGAACAGAAACACUUUCUUUGAGCUUGUCAGCAAAGGAGAGUACAACUGGAAUGUGAAGGCUCACAGAGACAUGUGCAGAUCCAUGAUGAUGACAGCGUGUGAUCUUGGUGCUGUCACUAAACCUUGGGAAAUAUCACGCAAGGUUGCAGAGCUGGUGACCAGCGAGUUCUUCGAGCAGGGCGACAGAGAGAGAUCAGAGCUGAAGCUCACGCCCUCUGCCAUCUUUGAUCGAAACAGGAAGGAUGAGUUGCCGGGGCUUCAGCUGGAAUGGAUUGAUGGAAUUUGCUCGCCGCUGUACGAGACUCUUGUCAAGUUGAAUACCAAACUCCAGCCGAUGGUUGACAUGAUCAAAGCUAACAGGGCCAACUGGGAGGAACUGAACAAGAAAAGACAACGUGGCCAGAGUGUUUCUGCGCCCCCGAGCCCCUGCAGCGGAGACAGCACAGAACCAAGUGGCUGCACUGUGGUAAAAACGGGCAGCUCACUCUGCUGCAGCGGCGACGCUGACGGCACUCCAUCUAAACCCGUUAGUUAGCUUCUGAUGCUGUUUCCGGAGCUGAUCUUUUAGGCUUUCUUCCUCUUAAUGUAGCCUGGCUGCAACAGAGGCAGUGCAGUGCAUGCAGAGGUUCUUGGGCUCUGCUCCUCUUCGCUUUUGCUGCUAGAGAUGAGCUUUAGACUUGAGCGCGACGCUAUCAUAGAGGUUUUUCUGCUCCCUUCAGUCUUCCCGUGCUGGAGGCUGACAGAGCUGUGUUUGGCGAGCUUGUCGGAGCAGCUACAAAUCAGCUGAUGACACCACGUCAGAAAGGAAACUCAAACCACUGUGUCAACAUGUCAACCAGUGAGCUAACACUAACUACUCUGGGCAUUGCACAGAUUUUCAGCACAACAAGGCAUGGAGCAUAUUGGAGAGGAAUGUUUGUCUCUGCUGUGGUUCGUUUUGCUCUCGUUUUGUCUGGAGUAACAGGGAUAUUUUUUGUAAAUCUGUACAUAGGCUAUUAAGUUAUUUACAAGUGCUGUUUGAGAACCUGUAAGCUCUGGAUGUAAUGUGGCUGUAGUAGACUUUCUGAAGGAUAAAGGGGUGCAGGAACAGCAGGACCUUUGACAGCGCUUGCAAUGCAAAUUGAGUGCUCCGCUCCCUCCCUUCCUGUGCCUUGUUUUAAGAUCCUAAUGAAAAAUGCAUGGCCUCCUCCUCACUGAGAUUCUUAGAUAGUAUGGAAAUCCAUGUUGAACCAUGACAUAUUUUUUUGCCAUAAUUUAUAAAAACCAAUGACUGCAGUUAUGUCUUGACCCCAUGUUAGCCACAAAGCAUUAACAUUAUAUACAUAUAGAUAUCUAUUUUGCCCAAUUUUAUAAAUGCAGGGUCUCACACACACAAACACACACAAUGUGCCUUGAAGUUGUUCUGAUACCAAUUAAUUUCUGCUGAAACUUCAUCUGAUUUAACACUGACAGCUGAACCAUAAAAUAAUCUUACAUUUGAUAUAAACUUACGAAACUACUUAUAUUAAAUAGUUUUAAUAUUUAAGGAAAUACACUUAUUCAUAUGAGAGGACACCACUUUUAUAUCUGUCUCUUUGGUCCUGUUCAGUCCUGCAUCAACAUACAGCCCAGUCCAGGUAAGAAUAGACUCGAAACGAUUUGAGAUCUAAACGCUCAAACCACAUUCGGAGGUAGUUGGAGCCGCAUGUGGGGACAAUAGCAGUGUGAAUUUGUCCCGGGCAACAUUAGGGAUUACCCUGCAAGGUGGCUGAAAUCUUGCAAUAUCACAAAGUCACCCAAGAGUCAGCUUCACAAGAUCACAAAUCCCUUUUGUCAGGCGUCAAGUCUCAAAUCAGCAAGCUGUGAGCAGCCACUGGCAGCUACAGGCGUGGUUUAGGCACGUGAUGUUCAAAACAACAUAAACGGUGAUUGACAGAUGGUUCAGCCAAUCACCUGCCAAGUAUUUUUGUUAACCUUCUGUCCUUUUCCAGUUUCCAAUGUCUGCUUCUCAGAUGGUUCUGUGUAACAAACCAUCUGGCAGUGUCAGGUUACAUAAAGGACCGCCCACUCAAGUGAUGUUCUCAUGUCACAGAAACCACUGAGAAAUCAAUGUUAAUCUCGUGUUUUCAGUGUUAUUAUUAUACUGUCGGUAAUGUGUCAGUGUUUGUGUUCUGGUGCUCGGCACGGAUCUCACAGCCAGAUGUGAACUCACCUACUCAGAGACACCCACUUGUGAGCCGAUUACUCACGAUGCAUAUUGGUGAUGCAGGUCUGAACAGAGUCUGGAAUAAAGCUACAGCCAGUUGACAGUUAGCUUAGCUUAGCACAAAGACUACAAACAGAGGGAAACAGCUAGCCUGCUUCCGUCCAAAGGCAAUAAAGACCAACCAGCAUCUCUACAGCUCAUGAAUUAAAGUGUUUCAUAUUGUUUGUUUGAUGUGAAAAACAACGACAUGUAAUUUAUUGCAACCAAGCAUUAAUUUAAGAGUUUAAGAUUAGGACUGCUCAAUUAUGGCAAAAUCAUAAUCAUGAUUAAUAAAAGUGAGAUCACAGCAAAUUUAAUACAGUUACGCAGUGACUAUGGAAACAUUAUGUUACAAGCCUAGAUUAAUUUGUAAAACAACUUGAACCUAAAAUAUGAUUGAACUGAAAAAUACACAAAUAAAUCAAUGUUAAAAAAAUUAGAUAAAGAAAAACUAUGUUGUUACAUUGGAGAAAUUCCACCAAUUACUGACAGCUACUAAACA